AUGACAAAUGAUUGCUCAUUGAUUCAGGAGGAUUAUAUCCAUGAUGAUAUAGAUAUAGAUAUGGAUCUUGAUGCGAUGGAGCAACUUCAGAGGUGUUUGGAGGAAGAAGCCAGAGAAGAGGUUGUGAAUGUAAAUGUUGAUAAUUCGACACUUGAAGAAGAUCAUAACGAGAAAGAAGAUUCUGACAUGGAUGAAGAUAUGGAGCUUUAUGUAGAUGAUAUGUCUCAUGUGGAUGAAUACAUUGAGGGUCAGAAUAUUGGAGAACUUGACUGUGAACACAAGUUUCAUCAAAACUGCAUGAGGAAGAGGUUCAUGCAGAAAAAUAUCCGUCCUAUGUGCAAAAGGACUGGUUUGGCAAUUUGA